CCGUCCCAGGGCUUGUUUAGCAGCAACUGCUGAAAACUUCUGACGAAACUCAUGCCAACGCACUGCACACGUCCGCCGCAGCAGGGGUAAACUGGACCACACAGAGGCGAGGAUGCCAUCUCACCCUCUCAACCAGUUUUCCGAACUGGAAGACAUAAUGAGCAAGCAUUUUCUCAGUCUUGACCUUGGAGAGCAGAACAGACCGCCUCCCUCUGUGAACCUGGCCAUGACUUCUCCGGGUUACGCCAGUGAUCUGUGCAAAAGCUCCUCGUUCUCUCUGUCCAGCCUCCCUGCUGAUUCGUCAGACGGCCUGUUUCUGGCCUCCAGCCAAUGGGGGCAGCCGUCAGAAAGCCCGUCAUCCUCCCAGCUUGCUGCUAAUUCCAACCAGUGGGGAAAGUUUGGUUUUCUCUCCCAACGUUCUGUGAGCCUGGUGGAGACGAGGAGCAUGCCGGCAGCAAGCCUGGACUGGCCCAGCGCUGAACUGAAGACGUCCCAAAGCGACAUGAGCCCCACUGCCAUACAAGCCGCCGCUGCCUCUUCGUCACCCAGCUCCUCAUCACGCUACAAAACCGAACUUUGCAGAUCUUUCACAGAGAACGGCCUGUGCAAGUACGGUGGGAAGUGCCAGUUCGCCCACGGCCCGGAAGAGCUACGUGAUCUAAACAGACAUCCUAAAUACAAGACGGAGCCUUGUCGCACCUUUCACACCAUCGGCUUCUGCCCGUACGGGAUCCGCUGUCACUUUAUCCACAACAGCGAGGAAGAGAAAAAAACCGCCUUUUCUCGCUCGUCCUCGUCAUUCUCCUCCACCCUUAAUGUUUCUCACCAGCCAGCAGGUUCCUCCUCUUCUUCGUCCUUGCGCUCUCACAGGCCGCCUCUGAUUAGGCACAGCUUUAGCUUUGCUGGCUUUCCUUCCGCUCCUCAGCAUGUCCUCCAGUCAGUCUUAACUAGCCACACCCCCGCCCCCUCCACCACCGCCGCCUCGUUUACAUGCGGCUCAUCAGGCUCUCCCGCUUCCUGUGCCGAUAUCACCGACCUCCUCUCCAGCGCCUUCCUGGAGAUGGACUCUGCCUUCGAGGUGUCUGGCGUUCAGCAGUGCCAGCCCUCAGCGGGCCACGUUGCCCAAACCGACCUGCGCUCCCACUUCCUGCCUUCCCCCGACUCGGGCUACUCCCCCAGUGGACUGUCGCCCACCAGCUCACCCUCCCUCCAACAAAGCCCCAGCAGUACCGACCAUCUCCUGGGGUCGCUUGAUGCCCGCUCUCUGUCUUAUACUUCCCUGUCAGAUCAGGAUCAGGAUGGCGGCAGCUCCACCAGCUCCCUCAGUAGCUCAGAGUCAUGCGGGGGGAGCAACGACGGCAACGGGAAGCGCUUGGCGGUGUUCAGCCAGCUCUCUGUCCCAUAAGAUUGCUGCUGCCUUCUGCCUAAAAGCAGCAGAGGUUUUGAAAUGAAAUGUUCUCACCUUUAACCUCAGUAUAUUUUCGCCUGACUGACACAUAAGACGUUCUUUACAAACGGCGUGGCAUUACAGAAGACGAGGACUUGAUGGCAGACUCAAAACACUUUAUAGAGAUUUCCCUGUGUAGAUGUAUGUGGCUAAAUUAUUACCCCAACACGCACAAGCCACACUGAUGCUUAAACUAAAGAAUACAUAUCACCGUAGUAGUUUUACUUCAACAAAUGGGCUUUUAUUCUUUACCUAAAUAGUUUAUAUGUGCCAUGAAGACAAACAGCCAAAAGAAAUCCAAAUCAGUGUGAUAUGAUUGAUUUGCUCAACCGCACUAUCAUUCACUUGUUGAAAUGUUUCAUGAAUGGUUUGCAGUAUGUGAAGCCAAAGAGGACAUGUUUUUGCAGCUCAGACUUCCUAAUUACGGUCAAACAAACGGUGACCAAUGUUCAGGAGUUUGCUCCAAUAACUGUAAACAGUGUUGUUUAUAAGCUUGUGAAAUAGUUUUUUUUUUUUGUAAAUGUGCAGUCUGAGGUUAUGUUUAGAUUACUGGCCUUAAACCUGUAAGUCAGAGGGUUGUCUGUUUUUUUUUUUUGUUUCUUUUUCUUUUUGUUUUGUUUUUUAUUUUUUACGAUGUGCCUGUAAUGUUUUUAUCGGGUCCCGUUACGUUGUUGAACAAAGAUUCUGAUUUGUUUGGAGAGAUGGAAAUAGGUUGAGUCUCAACCUUUUUUCUUGGAAGCAUUAAUUCAGACUAUCUUGGUAUGCGUUGCCAGCUUGUGGGCGCCACUUGCAUGCCUAACCAGCACGUCUAAGCUACAGUUUGAAGCAUAAACGAAAUGCCAGCUAUUGGCAUUUGGCUUUAGCAAAUGUUUUAGGUGCUAAUGUUGUUUUGAAUUGAACUUUGACACAGACUUUGCUAUUAGUGAGUCUUUGUUUUUGUUGGGUUUUUUUUGUUUUUCUUUUUGUCUUUCUUGCUCUCAUCCAUGGGUGCACCAUUACAUCUUCAUCAAAUGUUUUAGUGAUUCUCAUCUUGUUGCAUCUCUCCAUCAUUCAGUGUUAAUCCUUGCUGUUACGGCUUCAUACUGUUCUUAUAAGAUCCACUUGAAAUGUGUCCGUUGCCUUAUUGAAUUAGAUCCGGCAUACUGUAGACGUUUAGAGUACGUAUGCUUAGUGUUCUAGAAACAUUACUCGGCUGUUUUUUUUUGUUUGUUUGUUUUGUUUUGUUUUUUUUUUUUGCUUUUUUUUUUUUUUUUUCGUGUGUGCGUGUGUUUACAGUAGUUAGUUAGACGAACAGGCGUCGUGAUGUUCCUGGUCUAUUUAAGAAUCGCCUUUUUCGUCGACAAGUUUGAGACCUGUUUAGAGAUAAAGGUGAACAUCUUUAGUAAAUUAAUUUCUUUAAUUUAUUUUAACGUAUUUAUAGAGGACUUCUCAGUUAAUGCUUGUAUCGAGUUUAAUAUAUUUGGGUUUCUUCUGCCUUUUUCUACUGAAAAUAAAGUUUUUCUUUUUUAAAAA